CUCGAUGAAUUGCCGUAACUGCUAUUUUUCCUUUUGUAACACACAGCUUUUAAGUGAUGGACUCAUCGGUGUUGACGUUAUAAGCGAACUUUGUGAAAAACGGUGUAGACACAUGAAGUUUUUCAACAGAAAUUUUAUCAGAAAGUUAAAUAUUUAAUUGCUAAAUAGUAAAUUUAUUUUGUGUUAAAAAGGAAAAAGUUGCCUCAUAGAAAUAUUUCCAUUGUAAUUGGGCGAGUAAUAUGUACAUAUGGUACAUAUGUGAAAAAAUGAGUGAAGGAAUGUCAGAAUAAAGUGUUUUUUAUUGGAUACAUAUAAAUAGUCUAAAUUGCUAUAUAUAAAAAAGUAAACAUAUUUAUUAAAAGUUAAACAAAAGAUGGCGAACUGUUUGAUAUCGCGGACGUAUUAUUUGCUAAUAUGUUUCUUUCUACUAUAUCCAAACGGUGCCAAUUUCGUCCCAGGCGAAAAAAUCAAUUACAAUCUUGCACAUUCUUGGGCCGAUAAAUUGGGCAUGGAACUCUUCCAUUUGGGUGACUUCAUUACCAGAAGAAAGGAAGUUCAAGAGAGUUUCAAAGAAGCACAAGUGGUUUCGCGAUCUGGGGCCAAAAUUGUUGAAAACAUGGCGCACGAUGUAAAAAUGAUGAUGGAUUUGAAAAUAAGCGCAGUUCGACGCAUAAUGGAUACGGCAGAAAAUACUGCACUGUCACAUCAGAACGAGAAGGAAGAUCAGUUUUUCUCUUAUUAUAACGCCAAAGAUAUGAGAGAACCCGAUGAUCCUAUACCAACACCCGCACCGCGCGAGCUGGACGAUAUGGGCGAACCACACAUUUUUGUACCGCCCAAAGAGAUUGUUCUAACACCGAAAGCUGAAUUUUUCAAUACGCCAGUCAAUCUGAGCGUCAGUUCAGUGCAUGUGCCCCUAAAUGUUUUCGAUCGAGCCAAGGAUGUCAUCAAAGGCAUUCAGUGGUCGGAGAAUUUAGAUCAAAUAUUUCGUGAUAAUUACAAAAACGAUCCAACAUUGUCAUGGCAAUUUUAUGGCAGCUCGACCGGUUUCAUGCGCCAAUUUCCGGCAGCCAAGUGGAAAGCUAAACCAGUCGAUUUGUAUGAUUGCCGACUGCGUUCAUGGUAUAUGGAGGCAGCGACAAGUCCCAAGGACAUCAUCAUACUAUUGGACAGUUCUGGCUCUAUGAAAGGACAGAGGCUAGAUAUCGCAAAGAAGGUUGUAAAUACAAUACUCGAUACAUUGGGUACCAAUGACUUUGUGAACAUCUUCACCUUUGGCAAAACAGUAGAGCCGGCCGUCAAAUGUUUUGAGGACACGCUAGUUCAAGCGAAUCUUGGCAAUAUUCGGGAGCUCAUGGAAGGUGUUGACUCUAUAAAAAUUGCCAACAUUGCCAAUUUCACAGCUGCAUUGACGAAAGCUUUUGAAGUUUUGGAACAAUUUCGUACGGAACUUCGUGGUGCACAAUGCAAUCAAGCCAUCAUGAUCGUUAGUGAUGGUGCGCCUUUUACCUAUGAGGAUGUAUUUGAACAAUACAAUUGGCGCGAUUUGCCAUUCAAACCUGUGCGCGUUUUCACAUAUCUCAUUGGUAAGGAAGUAGCCGAUGUUAAGGAUAUCAAGUGGAUGGCAUGCGCUAAUCAAGGUUACUAUGUACACUUGAGUGAUAUGGCCGAGGUCCGUGAGAUGGUGCUCAAUUAUAUACCAGUAAUGGCGAGACCCCUUGUUCUAGGUAAACAUGAUCAUCCUGUUGUGUGGACGCAGGUGUAUGCUGAUGUUAUUGACCCAAAACUCUCCGAUUGGCUAUGGGAAAUGAAGCAGUGUGAUGAUCAGCGCGAGGAUGUUUUGGAAUUUCGCCGAGAAGGUAGCCGCAUGCUGGAGCCCAGCCAAGUACACAAACGCAUCUAUCAACGCAAUAAAGCGGCCUGGAAUCAACCGCUCGAAUCUGAAGUAUAUCAAUUUAUGACUACUGUCUCUAUGCCUGUUUAUGAUCGGCGCAUGAAUGCUAAUAUCACCGAAGAGGUUUUAAUAAAUGAGGCGCUUUGGGAAUUACAAACUCGUGAGACAAAAAUUGCCAAUCUACUGGGUGUUGCGGGCACGGAUGUACCUAUUAGAGAUAUCAAAAAAAUGCUAUCCCCAUUUCUGCUCGGCGUCAACGGGUACGCAUUUAUUGUAACAAAUAACGGUUACAUACUAUUCCAUCCAGAUUUUCGUCCAAUAUUUCAAGGCAAUAUCUUAAAGCCCGCUUACAAUAGCGUGGAUAUGAUAGAAGUCGAAUUAUUGGACGAUGAUCGAGCACCAAGAGAUUUCAAUCCAGUACUACUAACGAUACGAGAUUCGAUAAUAAAUCAAUCAACUGGUAGUAAAUGGAUGCUAGUGAAAAAUCAUUUCGACGAAAUGAAACGUGUUGCUCGCAUUAAACGGCAAUAUUAUUGGAGAGCGAUACCGAAUACACCAUUUACGCUGGUAAUCACAUAUCCCGAGCAAUAUGGUGUACAUCGUUUGUCCAUACGUGCCGAAAAUGAGAUACACCGCAUGAAUAUUAAAGGUGAUAACUUGUUGAACUACUUUGGUGGUAAACGCUGGCGAAUUCAUCCAACCUGGUUGUAUUGCAAACACAACAAUAAAACAUUUACAACACCUGAAGAAGAAUUGGUCUGGUUUUUGAAUAAAAUGUCACAACCUGGUUGGAGGUGGCCACUUAGUAGGAGUGCGGUGCCGCCAGAACAUGCAGCCCUGCUGUUUUGUGAUCGCCAGCUAAUGCAAUCACUUGUCUUUGAUGCAAGGGUUACCGAAUGGUUUUCAAAGAACACAAGCUUUAAUUCUAAAGAUGACAAGGGCACAAGUGCUUCAAGCCCAAUCGCCGUUCUAAUGGGUUUGUUGCCAAGAAACGAAUUUAAACAACGAUUUGGCAUCACUGUGGCAUUUCUAGCAACACAUAGCGGCCUUACAAGAUGGCAAGAGUUUCAUUCGAAUAUGGCCGAGGAAGCUGGCACGGGUGAGGUUUUCAGCGAACAAAAUAAACGUGCUAUAGAAGAGAUGUGGUACAAACGUGCAGUGGAUCAGCAUUUCAUCCAUGAAGACAGUUUUGUUUAUUCGGUACCAUUUGAUGCGGGAGAUCUUGCAGAAGAAAUUACUGUAACUGCGAGUAAUGCUGUUUUUCACACUGAAGGUGGCAAAUCCGCAGCAGCAGCCGUUGUAGGAUUUCAGUUUCAUCAUUCUGCGCUGGAAAAGCUUUUCCGUAAUAUUACUGGCAAUGGAUGCGCCGUUGAGGACCGCGAGUGUUAUGUUAUCGAUAAUAAUGGAUUUAUUAUUAUUUCGCCGUAUCGGCAAGAGACUGGCAAGUUCUUUGGUGAAAUCAAUGGCGGCAUUAUGUUUCGUUUAGUGGAAGAGAAAGUCUUUAAGCGUGUCAUUGUGUACGACUAUCAAGCGGUUUGCUUUGAAUCCGAUGGUGAUAUGAAUGCAUCAAAUAGCUUAUUAUCGCCAUUCUUCCACCUACUGCGCAUAUUCAAAUGGUUGCUCCAUGCGGUGCUGUGGUAUAUUGUGCAAUUCACUAAUAUGGCCAUUGCCGAAAUUAGCGAUCAUUACAUCGACGAAGACAUGAGUGACUAUCCGGCCAGUACAAAGAAUACCGAUUUGUUGCGUAUGGUGACGCUGCAUCGGACACGCCUCAAGACGUGCGACAUGCAACGCGAAUUAUACCUUAUGUACAAUGAGAAGGACAAUGUGGUUUACAAUAUGACAGCUCACGCAUGUGAGCGGCCAUUUGUUGUGUUACCGGUGCCGAAUAGCAAUUUGAUUCUGGUGGUAAUCGAUCAACGAUGCCCACGGGAUACAAUGAUACAACUGACGGUUAAUCCAAUCGAUAUUAUAUAUCCACUAGAUAAAAAUCAAACAUUUGCUUGCUAUAAGAAUGAUCGUGAAUUUUCGAGGGUGCGUCCAGUUAGUUGUAUAAACAAGCAUAUAAAUGAAAGUUCAAUCGAAUUGUGUGGUAAUGCUGGAAGUAUUUUUGUCAACAUAUUCCUACUGCUGCUGGGUCUUUCAUUAUGCCGAUAUCUGUAAUAUUUGGACUCUUAAAUUUUAGAGCCAUUCUUGUAAAUUAAUUUUUUGUAAAGUUGUUUUUACCUUUCGCUUUAAGUCUAAUAUAAUAAUGUUGUACACAUAUGUAAGUAAUUUGUGGUAUUAAGGUAUAAAAAAAUAUUUGAAGAAUGUGCUUUAAAAGUUUACAGUUAAGGACACAUAAAAUGGAACAGAAACUGUGUGACACAGCGUACUUGUAUGUAUGCAUAACUUUUGAAUUUUACAUAUUACAGUGGCCAGGUGCGUGACUGCUAUUCGGUUGAAACCCCCUGCAUACAUGAAGCAUCGAAUUUUAAACAAGUUAACGGCCACCUUUGGCAUUUCAAACCGUCAGGAAGUGAAUAAAUAUUAGAGAGGAAUCAAGACGACCAACACUACAAAAAAGAAGCGCGCCCCAACAUCUUAUGAAGGCUGUAACGGCCCAUUUUAGAAAUCAAAAGGAGGAUUGACAGAAACGGUUUAAAUUUUAGAUUAGCAAUACUAAUAAAUAGCUCCUUAUCGCUAAGCAUACACAAAAAAUAGUGAUGCAAGUUUAACGGAAGAAUAAACUUAGUAAAUUGCUCACAAAGAGCUUUGAAACAAAAAAAUACAUUUGUAAUAUAUGUCAAAGAUUCUUUUCCAUAUGAAGAUAAUUGACACUUCCUUAAGCUGGUUUCACACUUCAUCAAAUUUCAUGUUUUAUUUACGAACUAAACUAAGAUUAUUUAAGUUAAGGAUUCCUUCAAUUGUUUUUAAAUUAUUCACACAAACUAUAACUCUUGAGAUGACUGCACAAAAGUAUUCUAAAAGGCGUUUAAAACGGGCGAUUUUGGCAAUAGGUCCAAAAACAGUUGUUAACAAAUCUCGAUAACAUCAGCAGCCCCCAUUUUCAAUUCAACGGCCGGCACAAACCGACUCUGGUGUUUUUAAGUCAAAUUCAAAGCAUGUCCAGUCAAAUUUUUCGAUUAACUUUUUAUUCCUGACUCUGUCGGACGAUUUGUAACGAACAAAAAUAUCGAGUGUGGUUUAAUUUUCACAUUUUCACAGCUUCAUCAAAUCCUUAGUGAGUUGUAGAUUUCAUGCAUAUUUAAUAUCUGUCAAAGAGGCACGAACUGACGGUGACAGUUUUCAAAAUAAAACAUUGUUAAAAAGAAAUACUUGCUAGAUCUAUAUUGCGAUGCGAACCUAAAACCAGGAUUCAAUCAAGACAGACUGUCUCACUUCUAAAACGUACAAAUGCAAUGUUUGCACAAAGUUUUGAUGUUCUGAUGACAAAGCAUUAAAUGUUUAUUACUGAUGGGCUAGUUGGUAUUACUAAUACAAACUAAUACGGCUAUGCAAGAUGACGUUGCUCAACACCAGCAGCGCCGUCAGAAUUGGGAAGGACCUCUCCGAGGCGUUUGAUACCAAACGAGGUUUCACACAGGGUGACUCGCUGUCGUGUGACUUCUUUAACCUGAUGUUGGAGAGCAUCGUAUGAGCCGCAGGACUUAACGCUCAGGCACAAUUUUUUAUAAGAGCGUACAAUUGUUGGCGUAUGCCGAUGAUAUUGACAUCAUCGGCCUUAACAGCCGCGCUUCUCCAAACGGGAUAAAGAGGCAAAGCGAAUGGGUCUGGUGGUGAACGAGGACAAAACGAAGUACCUCCUGUCAUCAAACAAACAGUCGGCGUACUCGCUUAUCGGCACCCACGUCACUGUUGACAGUUAUAAUUUCGAGGUUGUAAAAGACUUCGUUUAUUUAGGAACCAGCAUUAACGCCAAUAACAAUGUCAGCCUUGAAAUCCAACGUAGAAUCUCUUUUGCCAACAAGUGCUACUUUUGACUUAGUAGGCAAUUGAGUAGUAAAGUCCUCUCUCGACGAACCAAACUAACACUCUACAAGACUCUCAUAAUGCCCGUCCUAACGUAUGGCGCAGAAGCGUGGACGAUGACAACAUCCGAUGAAGCGACGCUUGGAGUGUUUGAGAGAAAGAUUCUGCGCAAGAUUUUUGGACCUUUGCACGUUGGCAACGGCGAAUAUCGCAGGCGAUGGAACGAUGAGCUGUAUGAGCUUUACGACGACAUAGACGUAGGGCAGCGAAUAAAGAUCCAGCGGCUACGUUGGCAGGGUCAUGUCGUCCGAAUGGAUACAAACGCUCCGGCUCUGAAAGUAUUCGAUGCGGUACCAGCUGGAGGUAGUAGAGGAAGAGGAAGGCCCCCUCUUCGUUGGAAAGAUCAGGUGGAGAAGGACUUGGCUUCACUUGGUGUGUCCAAUUGGCGCCGGUUAGCACGAGAAAGAAACGACUGGCGCGCUUUGUUAAACUCGGCCAAAAUCGCGUAAGCGGUUAUCGCGCCAAUUAAGAAGAAGAAGUUGGUAUUACAAAUAUUUUGACUGCGUUUCAAAAUUAAGUAUGAAGUAAGAAUAAAAGAAUGCGUUUUCAACGUUCCGUUACCUUUUUUUCAUUUUUUUGAGCUUGACAGGACAUUAUUUUCGUGAUCUCGUAAAGUAUCGAUCAAACAAUUUAACAUAAAGUUUAUGCUUGUUUUAAAGGUGACAUUCUUUAGCUCUUUUUUGUUUGUUCCUUUCAGUUGUGAGUUACAGGGUGCUAAAAAUGGAAGUCAACAAAGAGAAAAUGCUGUACAUUUUACAGUUUUUCUUUGAUAAAAUGAUGGUGACGAUACUGUAACUGCAAUUAUGGUUUUGUUAAUUCCAUUUCGGCAUUUUUGGUGUUAAAAAUGUCUAAAUGUCCCACAAAUAGUCGAAGUUGCCGGCAUGUUAGUAGUUAUAGGGACGCCCAGGAGCUAAAGAUCGACCUUAAAAUAGGUAUAAAGCAUUUGCGCAAACAUUUUACGCAAUAAUAAUGGAUUUCUUUUUCUCCAGACUAAUAUAUAAAUACACAUAACGUAUUUCUCUCAUACUACAUAUAAGCAGAGCAGACGAACUUAUGAUAUGUACAUUUUACCAAGCCCAUGAUUCUAAACGUUAUUUCCGUGAUAUCACAAAAUAAGUGGUUGGUUAUGAGAGAUGCGAUGAAAUUCGUACUGCAUUUUAUAUUGCUUAGGCGCGAAUAUUAUUUGCCAUUUAAACUUAACAUUUAGCCGGAAAAACAUAGAACAAUUGUAACGCGAACCAAGGCUAUAACGAUACUGAUUUCCUUUACAGAAGCGAGAAAUAUUGCAUUCAAAAAAACAAAACAAAAUACUUCAUGUUAAACAGUUGGAGCUAGCGGACCUUUGGCGCAUGCCUAUAUCUUCUGUAGUAGCUUAAUUCAAAUUCUCGCUAGCUUUCCGAAUCCAAUAUUAUUUUUUAUUUUAUUCUUAUAGAACAGAGGAAGUGAAUAUUUUGUGUAACAAUUCUAUAAUCAGGUAUGUUUUGCAAAUCGUACGAUUUGAAGUCAGUGAGAUGUACAAAACCUAUUUCGGAGAUUUCUUAACAAAAAAGCAAAAAUGGUGUACCAAAUUAUUAUAUAUAAGCUAAUUGAUAUAUUUCUGGCAGUUUCCAUUUAAAAAAUAUAUUAUUUUCAUUACAAAUAUUCAAAUAUAAUAUAUUUUGCAAUCCGCACCGAUUCCAAAUCGUACGAUUUACAGAACAUGUCUGUAUAUUAUUCUACUCUUAAGAAUAUGUAUAUAAGUAGGUAAAAAUAGAAAGUAAAUAAAUGAUAAAAAGUAAAUAUAGUAAAUAUAAAAAAUAGAACUCACAAAAUAUUUGCAUUCUUAGUUAAUUUCACAUUCGAAAUUUAUGCCUGCAAACGAAGUUGUUCCAUUUUAUGUGUAAGAUACUGUACAUACACAUGUACCUACUCUCACAUUUCUGCUGGAGGUAGAUGUGGCUGUCAAUCGAAUUCGUUGUAGAAAAUUCAAUAAACAAAUCUAAAUUUUAUUACACUAAAGCAAAUUAGUUACCUAUUUGUAAAGAAAAAUCUCGUACUUGAAUGUAUGCACAUACAUACGCACACACAUACAUAUAUUGUACAGAUAUGUAUUCGAAUAUAAGUAGAAAAAGAAUAAAAUGUAUAAAACACAGAUUAAAUGAUUUUGAAUAUACUUAUGUACAUACAUAUAUUGCAAUGAUAAAUAUAUGUAUGUAUCUAAGUCUAAAAAAGGAAACAAAUAUUUCAUAACUGUAGUCCAAGGACUUGCCAAAGUCGAAAAUAGUUCAUUCAUAUACAUAAACUUCCUUAAAAAAUUUCAAAGAAGUAUCAUAUUACCUCGAGCAACAACGGGCUAAUAAGUAUGAAUAAUGUUGCCUACAUGGAAACGUAAUAUAUAUAUGUAUAUGUAUAUGUAUGUGUAAAUAGAUGUGUAUGUGUAGUAGAUAUGUAGUUACAUAUCGCUACCAAAAUCUCUGACCACAUUUCUUUUGUAACAGCUGUUUUACCAUUCCCUAUACUACAAUAAAUAUACCUCCGCAAAAAAAACUUUAUAGCUUUUAUAAACCGUCAUUAAAAAAAUAUUACAAAUUUGGAAUAGGUCCUUCGCGCACUUUGGUAACGAUAUGUAUGUAACAUGGAAGUGCAUGAAAUUUGUAUUUAUCUAGAAAAUUUAGCUUUUGAAUAGUGGUGUAUGAGUGUAGGAAAAGUAUUGCAAGAAUUAAUGGAAAUCGAUCGACGGAAAUCGAUGUGUGAGAAAAUGUUUCUAGUCCUCUGCAGGACAGUAACGUGAAAUUAAGUUAAUAUUGAAUAUUAAAUAAUUUUAGCUAAAUUUAGUAAAUAUAUCGCUAACGUUACGUAAUAACGUAAUCAAUAAAAAAGUACUGUAUGCGUCAAAUACUUAUUAAAAUGCAUACUCGUACAUAUGUGAGUAUGUAUGCAUGUAGAUCUUUUCACUUUUUAAGACUCGGCCUGGUAAAAAAAAAAAAUACAAAAAUACUGACUUCGAAUGCUUUCAUUUGUACCUUAUAUGCUAUGAGAAACCUUCAACUACCAAUGGUUUGACGUUGAAAAUUAAACUAAAUAAAUUACAUAGUACAUAUAUAAAUAAUACAACAUUUGUCUGUACAUAUAUGCCAGUAAAAAAAAAUGCAUCUUAAAUAUCCCCAAAAUGUAUUACGAAAAUAUAUUUAACAUUUAAAUUACAAUUUGUGUAGUUUCUCAUGUGAAAACCUAAUUGUACUCAAUAGGAAAUUUAAUUUUUAUGAACUGUAAAAGAACAUAUGUGUAUUAUAUAAGUACGUAACGUAUGGCAGCAUAUAACAUACAUAUACCUAUAUACAUCCACAUGAACGGCGCUUCAUAAGUCAGCAGUCCGGUAGUUAAUUGAGGAACGAUAUUUGUGAUUUAUGUAUUUUUAUUGUUCAACACAGUUUCCAUCGGAUGAGAUACAUAUGUAUGUCAUUAGAUGUAUAAACCACAUUUUUAUAUAGAUGUGAGCCUUUGAGAAACUAUUAUUCAUUUUAUCUUCGAGAUUCUAUCUGCAAUCGUUCUUAUCUCAUUAUCGUUGGAAAAUCUUCAGAGCCGCAGCUUUUUUCAAAUUUUUGAGGAAUAAAACUUUUACUUUUACUUGCGCAUUUCUUCAUAUGUAUGUUUAUAUAUAAAGGUGAUGCAAAAUCAAUCAUCCAAUUUUGUUUUUGAUUUUUUUACAAAAUAAAAAAAAUAUCUUUUAAGCGAUGUUAAAGCGAAUCUUUUUUACUUUGACCUUUACAGGGUCCUUUGCUGGCCAGUUUAUACUUUUAUACACUCCACCUGUGCAACGCCAUUCACAAAAUUUAUCGAUCUCCGAUAGGGUGAUUAAUUUUGUGCCACCUUAUAUAUAUGCCACUUUCGAUUUACCCUUCCUGCUCGCUACUAGAGAAUUCCGCUACUCACCAAGCGAAGUAUUUGUAUGUGAAAGCAACAAUUUCGCGAUGAAAAGCGAUUUUGUUUAUAGCCGCCUGGCUUAGGUAGGAAUGUUUUUUUAUUAUACGUAUUAUGCAAACGUCGUAUUUUGCGUCUUGCAAGUCAAAGAAUGAGAUGGUCAGGGCAUAUGUACAAAAUGCCCAAAAACAGAACUACCAGUAUAACGUUCCAUAGACUAAAGCGUAAAUUAAAAGAGUUUCAAAUUAUUCACUUCUUUACGCAUUACAGAGAAGCACUUUUGCAUCAUUUCUCGGUUGCCUGGUAAAUAUAUAGUAAUAGAAUCGAAUAUGUGAGCUGUGUGAGAACAUGUGUUGCUGGGAGCUUAUUACGUCUGUUUUAUAUGCCAGUCUCAUAAUAGCAAAGCAUCAUAAUAUUGAUCAUUCCUAGUAGUACCCUUAAAGUACGUUCACAUACGCAGUACCGUUCGGAGCUCCGCGGAAGGGCUAUAAUAUCCCUAUUAUCCAUCGCUGCACAAAUUACUAUGAGGUUAAAGGAGAUUGGCGCUGAAGGCAAUCUCUCAAGGGACAUUGCAGCAUUUUUGGUCAGUUAACACCCCUUUUUUCUGAACUUCAGACAGAUCUCUCUAUCCACAAACUGUUUGAGAGUCGUGCCAGGACAAUCUUUCCAAGUAGGCAGAAUUAAAAGGAAGUAACAAUCUGCACCAAAGCUGGUACCUCUGUCUUUACUGACGACUCCAAGAUGGAAUCGGGAGUCGGAGCAGAGAUUUUCUCUAAAUCAGCCAAUUUAUCUGUUUUCUUAAAAUUGCCGAAUACUGCUAGUGUUUUUCAGGCAGAAGCCUUUGCGAUCCUGCAGACAUGCAAAAUGCUUAGGGAACUUGGGAGCGAGGGCGAUAUUAACAUUUUCUCCACUAGCCUACUUCUGUAAGGAGGAGAUCAAAUCUGUAGGGUGUGCAGUUAACAUAUCUCUGAACUGGGUUCCAGAUUAUAGGGACAUAGAGGGAAAUGCAAUUGCUGAUGAGCUUGCCAGAAAGGGGCCUGAAUUGGUCACAAAGACCUCCUACCCUGUCAUAGACAUCCUCCUGAGCCUGGAGCAGUGCGCCAAACUAAACCCCAUCAAUCUCCUCCAGCUGGCUCUGACUAGCUUUUUUCUGUGAUAUUAAUGCAUAAUUAAUAAUAUCUAACAAAAAUAUUAUUGGAAUUGUGUCAGCAAAUAUAUUUUCUUUACCGGCAUACAAUUUAUUUAGUUUCUACUUGGACGUUUCUCCUUACAUUCGUAAUAAUAAUUGUCGAUAACACAGAAGACACUAGGUCGUACAACAAAAAGUAAGGAUGAGUCGUUGCUAACUGCCUUAAGCCGCCAACAUAUAAGAGGCCCGUCGUGUUAAUUUAUUUUUAUAAUUUAUGAUUUUUACUAAUUAUAGUAUAUUAAUUAUUAAACACUUAGUCAUCAUUAAACUAUUAACAAAUCGCAAGUACCUCUUCCACGGAGCGACACAGAGAAUAACAUACCAGUACCAAAAACUUGCUUUACAUAAAAGUAAUCUGUUGAAUAAACAAAUCAAUACCAGGCGCGAAAGAUUAUAUACGCAUGUAUACCUACAUAAAACAUAAAAGAUAAAUAUAAAUAAAUAAGUAUGUGCACUUUGUUAAAUAUAAAAUAGUUACAUUCUUCUGACAAUGUGCUAAAGCUUGUAUUACAACUAAACUGAAAUACAAUAAAGGAAUUAUAAUAAUACCUAAAUAAUA